GUAUCUCGUCCGAACACGAUGUUGGAAUUUAUUUAAUUCGCGUUUAGUACCUUUUCUCGGUCUAAUUAAAACCAUAAAUGGAUACGGAUGUUUCUGAAAAUGCGGAGCUCCGGACUCUGAGGAGACCGACGCGACGGCAGUCAACAGAAAAAACUUUCAUUUGUGAAGUGACCGCAAGAGGUCCAAUCAGGAGGUCUAAAAGGGGGAUAGAAAAGCAGGCGACUUCUUCUUCUUCUGUCCCAACUAUUAAUGGAUCCAGAAAUGUGGAGACUGGCUCAGAAGAUGAAGCGUCCCCUGGAAAGAAAAGUCGACUAGAAGAAGAAGAAGAAGAAAUGUCAGGUGAUAGCGGUAAUAAAAAGGAGAUGGAUCUUCAGGAAUCAGCACUGGAAGAAAAUGAAGACCAGGAAAUGGUUAUUGAAGGAGAUUCUGUGCAUAGUCCAGAUCAUCCAGAAACAUCACUUGGAGAUGUGAAGUUGUCCCCAUUUGUUGUGCUGGGCAAGCGCUACCGUAUAAGUGAAAAUACUGACACACACUUGAUGAAACGCAACGAAGUCAAGACACCGUCACGGGAAGAAACUGCCACGUUCAGGAAGCCCAGCGUACCGACGAGAUCUUUGGCGAGCAGACGCAAUGUGCAAAGCCGCAAAAUCACCAGCAUGGACGAGUACAAGAAGGAGAUGGAGGCCAAAGCUAAAAGCUCUGGCAUCUCCACAGCCGACCACCGCAGUGUGUAUACACCCUCCGUGACAUCGUACCCGGUACGACACCGAGCCAAUAACAUUCCCAUCCGGAAAGAACCGGUCUCGCGCAGCAAAAAAGCGGUUAUUAAGACACAAGGGGUUACCAGGGGAUCCUCUGGAGGAUCAUCAAGAGGAUUCCCUCAUUAUUUGUGCUGGUCGGUUGUGAUCGUGCUGCUGCUUAGCUCUGCUGCAAUGCUGCUCUACAAGGACAAGUUGAUCUCGCUGUACCGGACGUUUGCGGAGGGAGCACGGCGUCCAUCCAGGUCUGUGAAGCUCCAGCCCUUCGCGGAUCUCUUGUCUCAAUUGGAGGCCCGCUUCCGCAGUCAAAGACCAGAACUUUGGAAAAGGAGCAAGAUCCACCUGGAGAAGCACCUUAAAAGCGCCGAGCCCACGGAGCCCGUCAGUCUGAUCCUGACGUCUGGCCGCGGCGCUGAAAAGACGCUGUCCUGCCUGGCCGAGGGUCUGGCGUCCGCUUUCUCCUCGGCGCUGGAAGCUUCCGUGCUCCAAAUCGACGGAGCCGGGAAGGCCGCCAUGGAGAGUGACGAGGUGAAGCUGGACAUGGACGGGCAACUGCGGGCAGCCUUUGGGGGAAACCGAGCGGCGGCUGUCAUCCACCGCUUUGAGGAGCUGCCGCCCGGCUCCACCCUCAUCUUCUAUCGCUACUGUGACCACGAACACGCCGCCUACAAGGAGGUCUUCCUGUUGUUCACCGUGCUACUGCCUCAGGAAGAGGUCAGCGGGGAGCUCGGGGCUGUCGAGGAGAUGGUUCAGGACUAUCUUAAGGACAGGCUGGUGGACUCAAGCAACCAGACGGCCUUCAAUGAGAUGGACACGGAUAAGUUCGGCGGGCUGUGGAGUCGCAUCUCUCACCUGGUCCUGCCCGUGGUGGCUGAGGAGGACGUAGAGCAGAACGGAUGCUGAGGACCCGACUGGGGACUCGGUUAACAACCAAUCACGGCUCAGUUUCAUCACGUGACCAAAAUGAGAGCUCACUGUUGAACUCAACCCGCAGUCGCUGCAUUCUUACUUUUGAUUUCAAGUGAAGUCACAUUAAGAUUGGUCAGUUUGACUUAGUCCACAAAUCAGACGUUUGAGUCGCCUGUUCUGAACUAGAAACUUUGUUCAACGUAUUCCUUUUGUGGUGACGGAUCAGCAAACAUCCUCUUUUGUUUUGGAGUGAAAAUCUACAUGUAGUCAUGCAUUCAACCUCUCACAUGACCGAUAAAUUCAUUUUAAAUGUCUCAAUUCCUCUUUUCAUUCCUCUUGUGUACAAGUUUGCACUUAAAAUGUUGGAGGCUUUUAUCAAAGAAUCCAUUUCGUACUGCUAAUUUUGUUCAUAAUAUCUCGUAUCCUGGGAUUUGUUUUAUAUUUUUGUGUGAAUAUUGGAAAUACUAUAAGAAUAUUUCAUCUUUGAAUCUGUGCUCUAGAAAAUGAUACAGCUUUUUAUGAUUAACGUGUGCCUUUAAGACUCGAGGGAAAAACAAAGUCUUUGAAAUAUGCAAAACAAAAUAUUUGAAUGAUUGAAACUGUCUACAUAAAAAUCACUUUUUUUUUUCCUGAUGUGUUUUUAAAAUUCCCUUUUUGUCUGAUUUUGUCUGUCACUUAUAAGACUAUUUCACAUGCCUGAGUAAUGUUUAAUAAAAAUUAUUUUGAUACAUGAAAUGUUCCACAAUAGAAUCUUGCUAUCAAUAAUAAGCAUUUAUGAUCACAA